ACAAAUCAAAGCGCAAGAGAUGAACCAAUUGGUUGGGAGAAAUGGCGGGAGGCAGCAGCUGAAGGGUCCGAAGCCGCCGCCGGUGAACACCAACACCAGUACUCAUGAUCAUCAGCAGCAGCAGCACCGGCGGCGAGCCGGCGGCCCGGUGAUAGUGUACGUGAAGUCGCCGGACGUGAUUCACGUCCGCCCCGAGGAGUUCAUGGGGCUCGUCCAGAGCCUCACCGGUAAGCGAGAUGACGCCGGCCCCACUAAUGGUCCCGCCGAGGUCCUCCCUUGUGCAAUAAUGCCGGCGCCGGCGGUUGAUGAUGACAUGGGUUUCGGCCACCGGCCGGAGAGGAUGCUGGACGAGGAGGAAUGGACGGGCGAUCAGGCGCCGUGCAAUCGUAGUAAUUACUACAUGAGUGGAAGUGGGAACGAUGUUAAUUACUCUGAGAAUUGGGAAGGAUUCGACUAUUAUUCGUAAUCCCCAAUCGAUCGAUUUGUGAACUUUGAGUAUAAUGUAAAAUGUGGGGUACAAUGGUUUCAACAAAUGGGAUUCAUUUGAUGUCUUUUUGAUAGAUUUUUUACAAAAAUCUCAAUUAUGUUUAAAUUUCUGGUGGAUCGGGCCGUCCUUCUUCUUCUUCCGACAAUCCGCUACGUUGUGGUUUUUUUUUCAAUCACGUUUUAGUAUGUAGUUAAAUUUAUUUGGUUCGAAUAUCAGGAUCAUAUUUCUCUAUGGUCGCUCACAACCACUUACUCAUAUGGCGAGGGACGCGUGUCUUUGGUUUAGAAAACGCAACUUUGAAGAUUGAGGACUUGAGAUGCCUCAGGGGUUGAAGUUCUCCUUGGUUUUAUAAAAUCUAAAUUAAAAGCAAUGCGAAAAGGAAAAGCUAACUACUGGCGAGUGGAGGAAAGCAAGAAGGACGAGGAGUUAGACAGGGAAGCUCCCACUAUAGUUUCUUAGACUCGUACGUCGAUCCUAACAACAUAAGAGUUGUUUGAUCUCUGUUAGGUUUACUUCUACCAUGUGUUGCCACAAAUGUCCGAUUUAGCAGGCAACGAUAUGUACCUUAUGUAUUUCUUCAUUGAGGAAGUCAAUGCAGUCUCAUUAAUUGACGAUCGAUCAUGGGGGGAUCAUCGUGUCAAGUCCAAUCUUACCCACGAAAUCGGGUUUGAGAAUAUGUGACCUUUGAAGUCAGACAUCGUCUUAAGCACACAAUCAAUUCAACAAUAAACCAAACACAAGAACAAAGCAGAAAGAAAAGGAAUCAAAUCAUCACAUAUAUGCCAAAAUCAAAUGAUACAUAGUCUAGAACCUAUAGGAUUCGCCAUCUACGUAACUAAGGAAACUAGUCGACCAUGUGGACAAGAUCAAAAGGAUACAUCAGUUGAAACAAGAAUCUCAAGGACCUCUCAAAAUCUGCAUCUAGAAAAGAGAUUUCGUGAAUUAGGCCAUUGAUUUUGGAGCCAAUUUUCCUCUUGUAAUUGGCUUUGCUCUAAGUCGCGCGAGCUUUCGACAGAGUAAUGGCCUUUUAAUGCCUCCUAUCACUGGCUACCAAACUCCCCCCCCCCCCCCCCCUUAGAAAUCCAUUUAUAGACGUUUUAGCUAUUAGGCUUUUGGGGGGAAAGAGGACGGUCAUCUAACGCGUUUCUGAGUCCCUACUAGCCUCCUCCAGCUUGGCCACCAAUAAAGUUAUAGUUUCUGAAGGAUCUGAUGUUUUUUCGACGAACCUCAAAAUGGCGGCCCAAGGGUUAUUUUGGUGAUUAGGCUACUGAAUCUAGUGUCGUUUCUAUCCUCUUUUCAUUUCUCGCUCCUGGCUCCUAGUAAUGGAGUCUUGAAGCCCCCAACACAUACAAAGUGGUCCCUGAACUCCUCGAUUACCUACAAUUAUAUAACAAAACCCAAUUCUAGUACCACUAGGUUGAUAUGCCCUGGAAAAAAACUUAACACUAUCAAGAGUGCAUCAAAUUGAUAAAAGCAAGCUUGAUGCUACUAGAGUACUCUUUGAGUGAUCAUGUAGCAAAUUCAAGAUAUUAUGACAAUGAAUAUAUGAAACUCAUGAAGUUCUGGUCAUGAUAUGGGGGUCUAAAAGAGUACUUUUCACUUAUCAUCAAAUAACCCCCACAAUGAAACUUCGCUUGUCCU